AUGCCAAACGCCAGCACAACAGAGGGCAGCAAUGGUGAGAUGCAGCAGCCAUCAGAGCUUCAUGAAAUGGAAGCGAAAAUGGCCGCACUUCAAGCUGAAAAUGAAAGGCUAACUCAACUCUACGAAGCCGAAUGCCAAUUAAGGCACAUUGAAGUCACCGCCUACAACCAGGUUUUUGAGAUGUAUGCAGUGCCCAAGGCAGAGGCGGAGGAGUUUGCUCGGCGACUUCAGGUGGAGACAGUCAGCAAUGAGGAGUCAUACCAAUCAGGUGCGAUGGCAGGUGCGAUUCCUAUGGAGACACCUGACGUGACGGGCAAUACCACAUCAGUGGAGACGCUGCUCAAAGAGACAUUUCCGCACAUCAAGAUUCACAGCCUCGACGAUCCUCCUGAACAUCAAAUCGCGGGCGACGAGGAGGCUCUUGUGGGCGACGAUGCAGAUGCCAAGACAGAUGAGGAAGAACUAGAACAGCAUUUGUUCCAGUUGCAGAGCAUGGUAGGAUCAGCCAUUGACGAAAGGGCAAAACAAACCUUGUUGAGCCUUCCACCAGAACAUGGGAAGGCAGCAUUAGGCAAAGUUGAGGACAUCAUCCACGAGCAGGGUGGAGUUUGCCGUAACUUGUCAUCAAUGGUGCAGUCUGUCUGCCGGAAGGUCUUUGGUGAUGGUGGCGUGCUGAAAGAGCUUGGGAAGCAAGAAGUGGAGCUGGAGGCCGAAUCCCAGCAGAUGUCCUUGGAAACUUUACGAGCCCAGAACCGGCUCAUCGAAGAGUAUGUAAUGCGGUUAGUCCGUCAGCGAGACGAGCUGAAGCAGGUUACAAAGCUUGCAGAGGAGCGUGACUCGUAUUUCAUUCUGGGGCUCCAUGGCCCGUCUGUCAGCGAAGAUGAGGUGAAAAAGGCCUAUCGGAACCUGGCCAGGAAGGAACACCCCGACAAGGCUGGCAUUGGCAACAAAAAGCGCUUCCAAGCGAUUCAGCAAGCUUAUACCUCGAUUCUCAAACAGAGGCAGCUUGGUGGACCGGCCGUUGCAGAGGAUGUCACAGAAGAGGUGCCGAAGGAGGUUGAGUCUUCCAUCCUGAGAGAGUCUUACAAGUACGGCAGCGAGGCACAACAAGCAGCUGAAUGGGUGGCAUUGGGAGCACAUCGAGUUAUGCGUGUUUGGGAAGAUUCUGAGGGGAAGCGCCGCUCCUUGCGCAGUCUGCGGGAACUCACGCGUCAUAGAUCGGUGCCACGAAUCUACGAGGCCUUGGGCAGCAGCUGCGAUUGCUGGGCCGUGCCACAGACGCUACAGUGCGCUGUGCGGAGGCAUUCCUGA